AUCAACAUAGACACCAUGGCAGAGUAUGAGUACAAAGAUCCUGGGUUUUUCAGCACUCCCACUGACAGCAGACAGGAACAUAAUCACUUCCUGCAGUUCAGCAAGUUCUUCCUGCCCUGCAUAUACAUUGUGGUGUUCGUCUGUGGCCUGGUAGGGAACUCCCUUGUGCUGGUCAUAUACAUCUUCUACCAGAAGCUGAAGAGCAUAACAGACCUGUUCUUGAUGAACCUACCCCUGGCUGACCUGGUGUUUGUGUGCACUCUGCCCUUCUGGGCCUAUGCAAGCAUCCAUGAGUGGGUCUUUGGCAAACCGAUGUGCAAAAUCCUCCUGGGCAUCUACACUUUGAACUUCUACACGUCCAUGCUCAUCCUUACCUGCAUCACUGUGGAUCGUUUCAUUGCAGUGGUUCAGGCCACCAAGGCCCACAACCAGCAGGCCAAGUGGAUGAUCUGGGGCAAGGUCAUCUGCCUGUUCAUCUGGAUAAUCUCCCUGGUGGUUUCCUUGCCACAGAUCAUCUAUGGAAAUGUCUUUUCUCGUGACAAGAUCGUCUGUGGUUAUAAUGAUGAGAAAAUUUCCACCGUGGUCCUUGCUGUCCAGAUGACACUGGGGUUCUUCCUGCCACUGUUUGCCAUGAUUGUCUGCUACUCAGUCAUAAUCAAGACCCUGCUUCAUGCCCGCAGCUUCCAGAAGCAUAAGUCUCUAAAGAUCAUUUUCCUGGUGGUGGCUGUCUUCCUGCUGACCCAGAUGCCCUUUAACCUUGUGAAGCUCAUCCUCAGCACGAGCUGGGAGUACCAUGCCAUGACCAGCUUUCACUAUGUUGUCAUAGUGACAGAGGCCAUUGCAUACCUGCGGGCCUGCCUUAACCCUGUGCUCUAUGCCUUUGUUGGCCUGAAGUUUCGAAAGAACUUCUGGAAACUUGUGAAGGACAUUGGCUGCCUCCCUUACUUGGGGGUCUCAAGUCAAUGGAAGUCUCCUGAGGACUCUUCCAAGAUUAGUUCUGCCUCUCACAAUGUGGAGGCCACCAGUAUGUUCCAACUGUAG